AUGGCGUACUUCAUACAGAGGAUCUGCCCUGCCGUGAAGAUCUUUGUGUGCAAGAUUGAUGUGAUGCAAAGACUGGACGAGAAGGCCAAUUUUACCGCAAAGAGCGCGGCUAAUGCGGUCGAGUAUGCCGUUGAGCAAGAGUUUGAUAUCGUGUCAAUGUCGUGGACCGUGGAGGAAGACAGCACCAGCUCCAACUCUCGUGAUCAUUUCAAUCGCAUUCAAAAGGCCUGGAACGAAAGGACAAAAGGAUGCCUCUUCUGUUUUGCUCGGCCCCGGACAUCGGCCACCACAAGACGAACGACUAUUAUCCAUUCGGAUGCAAAAAGUAUUACAAACAUGUUCCGAAUUGGUGCGGCGACCGUAGAUGGACUUGCGCAUCCACGGGUGAGCGACGAUGUUGAUCAUAUCCUGCCGGGUCAUAAUGUGUUACCGCACAGCAACGACCUAGUGGGAAGCGACGGGCCCAUGACGCCAAUGACCGGGUCUUCAGUCGCAACCGCUCUUGCAGCCAGCCUGGCAGCUCUAAUCAUCCACUGUGUGAGGCUGAAUGCGAUAUACAAUGCGACCAGAUCGAGCGACGUCCCUAUCAGUAAAGCUUCUGUUAGCGACAAGUGGCUUGAAACGAUCAAGACUUACCUUGCAAUGCGGACUGCCUUUGACAUUAUCAAAUGA